AUGUUACGUGUAGUAAAAAAGGCCGUAGCAUUGCUCCUACUGGCGGCUAUUAGCACCAGUGGAGCUGACACGGUGCAAGACUUCACUCAACAUGUAAAUCUCUUCAUCGGAACGGAGGGUCCGAUUCCUGGUCUUGCCUGGAACGCCGGCAAUGUCUUCCCCGGCGCGUCUUUGCCAUUUGGCGCCGCCAAGGUGGGAAUCGACACAACCAGGUUCAACUACUCCUUCUCGGCCAAUGCAGGCUACACGCCAGAUGGCAACGUCACUGGCAUCUCCCUUCUGCACGUCAGUGGAACCGGAGGGGCACCUACGUAUGGCUUAAUUCCGCAGAUGCCUCUCACAACGCUCGAAAACGUGAACUUGUUCGACAACCUCACCUACAUGCAGCCGCGUGUGGCGAAAGACGAAGCUACAGUCGGGUACUACAAGACGCAGUUGCAGAAUGGAGUCACCGCCGAGAUCAGUGCCAGCAUGCACGCUGGUAUUAUGAAGUAUCAAUUUCCCGAAGACAGCGACGGAAAAUACGUCUUGGUAGACAUAAGCCAUUUCCUUCCAGGAGUGGGAAAGAAGGAACAACAGUACAGCAAUGGGUACCUUGAGCGCAGUGAGGACGGGGCAUGGUACUCUGGCUAUACGGUUUUCAGAGAGGGAUGGGCUUGGGGCGGAGACUUUCGAGUCUACUUUUGCGGUCACUUCGAUACCACGCCUUCGAGUUCUCAGCUAUUCUGGGGCAAAAAUACCGACCCAUUUUGGCCGAACACAACAGAUGUUAAGCCCAACUUCACAAAUGACACAUUUCUGAAGGCCGGGGCGGACAAUUACCAAUACGGAAACCGCAUCGGAGGACUCUUCGAAUUUCCUGGAGACACCUCUACCGUGAUAUCCAAAGUGGGUGUCUCAUGGAUCUCUGCAGAUAAAGCUUGCGGUUUCCUCGAUGAAAUAUCCGAGUGGGACCUCAACGCCACCGCGAAGUCCGCCCAGGAUAAUUGGAAUUCCGAGGUUCUCUCAAAAAUCAACGUGACCACCACCAACGAUACCCAGUUGCAGAUGUUUUACACGGCCUUAUACCACUCUCACCUCAUGCCUUCGGACCGCACUGGUGAAAACCCCAACUGGGACUCCGAGGAGCCUUACUACGAUGAUUUCUACACGCUCUGGGACACAUUCCGAACUCUCCACCCUUUGAUCACCCUCAUCCUUCCCGAUCGCCAGACAGAUAUGGUCAGGGCUCUGAUUGAUAUUUGGCGCCAUGAGAGAUUCCUGCCCGACGGGCGCAGUCGCAACUACAACGGCAGAGUACAAGGCGGUUCAAAUGCUGACAACGUACUCGCUGACGCAUACGUAAAGGGCCUGAGGGGAGGCAUCAACUGGUCAGACGGUUACAAGGCAAUGAAGACCAACGCGGAGGUCCAGCCUCCCAACAACCUGGACUGGGAGGACCUCACUGGGAGCACGAAGGAGGGCAGGGGUGCCCUGUCCGACUGGAUUAAAUACGGCUAUGUCACUCCUGACAAAGGAAGAUGUCUGAGCAAGACGGUGGAAUACGCGUACAACGAUUUCUCGGUCUCACAAGUCGCCAAGGGAGAGGCCCCUGAAGAGGCAGCCAGGUAUCUAAACCGAUCAGCCGGAUGGCAAAAGACGUGGUCACACAACACUACAGCACUCAAUUUCACCGGAUUCCUAGCACCGACGUACGCCAACGGAUCGAUCCAGCCGUACACCCCCUUGACGUGCGGACAAUGCAGCUGGAGCGCCAUAACAUACGAGGGAGUACCCUGGGAGUAUGGCAUGGGCUUCCACUUCGACAUGGAGACCCUGAUAUCGUUCAUGGGCGGAGCAGAUUCUAGCGAGGCUCGCCUGGAUACUAUGUUCAUCAAGGGGCUGUCUGAGUCAGAGCAGAGCAACAACGAUGCCGGCACCACCAUAUUCAACCCCGGCAACGAGCCGAGCUUCAUGACGCCCUUCUUGUACAACUACCUGCCGCAAAGGCAGCAUAAAUCUGUGCAGAGGUCACGAGAUGUUGUGGAUGAAUACUACACGAAUGGUCCGUCGGGAAUUCCAGGGAAUGAUGAUGCGGGCUCGAUGAGUUCGUGGCUGAUUUGGAACAUGGUCGGGCUGUACCCAGUUGCUGCUCAGCCUGUUUACCUGAUCUUGGCACCGUGGUUCGAGGACAUCAGCAUCACGCUGGGUGAUUCAGGAGGUAUAAUCCGUGUGUUGGCCGACGGGUUGGAAAAUGGCCCCUAUGUCCAGGAACUCAAGGUGAAUGGACAAACGUGGACUAAGAGCUGGAUCAGCCACAGUGAGCUGACUGGGAAUGGGACGGGGAGCUUAUUGGAAUUCCAGCUUGGUCCAGAACAGACUAAAUGGGAUACUGGUGAUGUACCGCCUAGUCCGGGACAUCUCUUGCUAUGA